AUGACAGAAUUUAAAUCUGAAUUGGAGGUAAAAUUUAUCUCAACUCCUGUAUCAACAGCAUACCCAAAAGCUCAUUCUAUAGAUGAUUCAUUGGCAUUAAAAUUAUAUGAAAGUAAAAAAAGUACAUUUCAAUUAAAUUAUGAUUUUGAAUUGGAUACAUUUCAAAAAAAGGCUAUUGUUUGUAUCUCAGAGGAUCAUUCUUGUUUUGUAGCAGCACAUACCUCAGCCGGUAAAACUGUUGUAGCAGAAAAUGCAAUUGCUCAGGCUUUGUCCCAAAAUGAUAGAGCUAUUUACACGUCACCCAUAAAAGCUUUAUCAAAUCAAAAAUUUAGAGAUUUCAAAAAGAAAUUUGAUGAUGUUGGAUUGAUGACAGGUGAUUAUCAGAUUAAUGAAGAAGGUAGAGUUUUAAUAAUGACAACAGAAAUCCUUCGAAGUGUGGUUGUUUUUGAUGAAGUACAUUAUAUUAACAAUGAAGAAAGAGGACAUGUAUGGGAGGAAGUAUUAAUUCUUCUACCACCUUCUGUUACAAUUGUUAUGUUAUCUGCAACUGUUCCCAAUUGUAUGGAAUUUGCUGAUUGGGUUGGUAGGGUUAAAGAUAGAAAUAUAAUUGUUAUAGAAACAUUAUCAAGACCUGUUCCAUUAGAACAUUAUGUUUAUUGUGGAUUUUAUUCAACUUCAAAAAAUUGGAUAGAAAAAGUUUAUGAUGGAAAAAGGUUGAUUAAACAAAAAAAUUAUGAUGCUAUUAUUAAAUCGAUGGAGGUGUCACAUUUUAAUAGUAAGAAAAAUAAUUCAAAGAAAGUGAUAGAUUAUCCUACGAAUGAUCAGAAAUCAAAUUUAUUUGAUAAGAAAAAUAACAUUACCUCAUCAAACCAUUCUCGUUACAAAGAUGAAGAAAAAAAGAAACCAUUUAUGAUAAACAGUAAAUCUAAAUCAAAAAUAUCUUAUAAAGGGAUGGAUCUAAUAGCUCAAAUUUUUAACCAGGAAAAAUCUGCUAAAAUUUCUACUAAAAAUGCUAGUAGAAAAGGUACUCCUGAAUCUGCAAAUAUAAAAACUAGUGAAACUAACAAAGUAAAUGUUGAAAACAUUCUCAAUAGAAAUGAAGGUAAAAAAAAUAAAAAAAAAUUAAAAGAAAGGAAUAAUGAAAAAGUUAUAAAAAAAGAAAUUAAUACAGAUUUUGAUAAAGAAAUAACAUAUGAAUGUAAUGGUACUUUAUUUGAUAAAAAUUCAAAAGACAAACAAAUUAUAAGUUCAGAAGAUAGUGAUAAAUCAGACUAUAAAAAAGUUGAUGGAAUUUCAACUCCAAUAAAUGAUGCUACUGAAUUGUUUAGCGUCCUUAAAGUUGAAGGUUUUGAAUGUUGCCAUAAAAACAGUGAUGAAAAAAUUGAUUAUCAAGAAAUAUCUAAUUCUUUACAAGAAAUAAAUAUUCAUAAAGAAUCUACCGAUUAUAGAGUUGAUUCAUGUCAUACUAUUAAAUCACAAAUUGUUAAUAAUGAGAAUGAAAUACUUUUAGAUACUCAUAUAACAACUACUGAUAUAUCAACACCAUCCCUAGAUCCAGAUGUUUAUAAUCAUGAUAAAAAGCAAAAAAAAAGAAAAAGCAAAAAGAAAAAAAUUUCUAAUAACAUAAAUGAUAAAGGAAAAGACUCUGGUUCUAUGAAUGAAAGCGAUGGAAGAAUAUCAACAAAUCUAACAAAGGAUUCUAGUAACAAAAAGAAAAAAGAAAUUAAUAAAAUAAAUGAUAAAGAAAAAGUUGAUUGUUUUAAUAUUGAGAGUAACGGAAGAACAUCAACAACUUCAAUAGAAAAUGAUUCAAUUUCUUCACGACCAAUAAAAAGAAAUCACUUUGAGAAUAUAAAUAAAAAUAAAAAAAUGAAAAAAAAUAAAGGUGAAGAUAAUAAUACUACCAUUAAAAUUGAUGGAAAAUCAGAAAUAAAAAAAACAAUAAAUCAUCAAAAACUAUCUUCUCCACCAAUGUUUGGGGCAAAUUAUUUUAGUGACAAAAACAAUAAAAAAGAAAUUUCUAAUACAAAUAAAAUCAACCAUAAAAAUAUUUCUCAAAGAAUAGAAACAUCUAAUUAUAACUUUAAAGAGUCAAUAAAAAUGAAAGAAGGAAACUUUUUUAAUAACAAAGAAUCAUUAAAUAAAGGAAAAAUGAAAUCUAAUAAUUUACCACUAACAUAUAUGCAAAAGAAAAGACAUGCAAUAGCAAGUUACGAAAAAUUAAUUAAACGUCUUGAUAAAGAAAAUAUGAUACCAAUGGUAAUAUUUGUCUUUUCUAGAAAUACCUGUGAUGAUUAUCUUAGAUCUUUUGAUAGGAUUGAUCUAACAACAGAUAAAGAAAAAUGGCACAUAAAAACUUUUUUCAAUAAAUGUUUGGAGGAAUUAGAAAAAGAUGAUAGAGAUAUUCCUCAAGUUUUGAUGGUAAAAGAAGCUGCUAUUCGUGGUUUUGGUGUUCAUCACUCUGGUAUUCUUCCUUUAUUAAAAGAAAUCAUUGAAAUGCUUUUUAGUAAUGGCACAAUAAAAGUUUUAUUUGCCACAGAAACUUUUGCAAUGGGUGUUAAUAUGCCUACAAAAACUGUUGUUUUUGAUUCUUUAGAUAAACAUGAUGGAAAAUCAAAGAGAUCAUUAACAUGUACCGAGUACAUUCAAAUGGCUGGGAGAGCUGGUAGGAGAGGUUUAGAUACUGUUGGUAAUGUUAUUAUAAUGCCUAAUGGAAGAGAAUUAUGUGAUUUCCAAACAAUGAGAAAUAUGCUUACAGGCAAGGCUAAUCUUCUUGAAUCAAAAUUUAGAAUAACUUAUCGUAUGAUGUUAUCUUUAAUAAGAUCUGGUGAGGAAAUAAGUAUUGAAAGAAUGUUAUCACAAUCAUUUGCUGAAAAACUGUCUAUUAGACAUGAGGAAGAAAAAGAAGCUGAAUUAGAAAGCAUGAAAAAUGUAUUAGAUAAAACAGUAAAAGAUACAUGUAAAUUAUGUGGAAUAGUUGAUGGCAAAGGUAUGAGUGAAAGUUUAAUGGAAGAAUUUUAUAAUACAUCAUUAGAUUUUCUUGAAGUUAGGGGAAAAAUUUUUUCAAGAAUCAAAAAUUUUAUUGAUGAUAAUGUUAUAGGUGUUGGAAAAUAUUUAAUAUUUAGUUACUCAAAACUUGGAAUUAAUAAUAAUUUAGGAUGUGUAACAUCAAUAAAUAAUUCUUAUAAAAGACCUAUUAUUUCUAUUGCAACAUUAGUACCCAAAUAUAAAAAAAAUGAUUAUGUUAAUAUAAUUAAAAUGAAUAAGAAUAAUCAAAAUGGAAAUAGUGAUUUUGGGCGAAAUUUAUUAUUGUUAAAAGGACUUAUGAAUUCAUAUCCAGAACAUAUUAUACCUCAUGAUGAUGUUAAUAAUAGUGAAAUACUUGUUAUUUAUGAUAUUCCAGUAUGUGAAAUAGUUGGAAUAGUAAAAAGUAAUGAAUAUACUCCAAAAUUUUGGCAAGAUGUUCAAGAGUAUUAUAUUACAGGAAAUAGAAUAAAAAAUAUUGAAUCAUCUAUAAAUAGAGCUAUACCAGCAUUGUACUAUACAGAAAGAGAUGUUUUUAAUUGUACCACAUUAACCGAUAAACUUUUGAUACCAGGCUGUAAUUAUAGUUCAAAAAAUAAAGAUAUAUCUGAGGAAUAUGCUAAAUAUAGCAUAUAUAGAGAAAAUUUAAUUGAACUUUUUAAGUCUGUUCAAAAAUGUUAUAAAUAUAUUAGUCAUUAUGAAAAUUAUAUUGAUAUUAAAAGACAAUCAUCAAAAAUAGAAACAUUAGAGAAAAAACAAAUGGAAGGAUUAAUAUUAAAACAAGAUUAUGAGGCUAAGUUAAAAGUUCUUAAAGAUUAUAACUAUGUAACAGAAAAUGAAUUGAUAACACUAAAAGGGCAUGUUGGAUGUCAUCUUCAUUAUUUUGAAUUAAUGAUAAGUGAAUUAAUAAUGAAUAAUGUAAUAAGUAAAUUAAGUGAUGGUGGUGUAGCAGCUUUAUUUUCAAUUUUUGCAUUAGAGGGAAGAAAAAAUUAUGCUCCAGCUAAAAAUAUACCUAAAAAUGCAAGAAGAGCUCCAAAAGAAGAAUUAGAUGAAAUUGCAAAAAUAUUUAUAAAAUAUAGUGAUGAAUUAAAUAAAGUACAUGAAAAACACCAGGCGUUUUUUUAUGAUGAAAUAGAAACUGUUUCGUAUUCUGGAAUGGAAGUCGCCUACCUCUGGACUGAUGGUGUUCCUUUAAAGGAAAUUCUUUUAUUAACAACAAUUCCUGAAGGUAAUAUGGUUAGAAUGUUCCAGAGAACAUUAGAGUUAUUUAAGGACGUUCUCAAAGCUGGUGAGUAUAUUCAAGAUCGUAUUCUAACAUCUCGAAUUGAAGCAUUGGCAAUUAAAAUUAAACGUGGUAUUAUGUUCCAACGAUCAUUAUAUACCCAUGAAUAA